AACUUAAUUAAACUUAUUGUCUAAUUAUUUAUUUACUGACUUGUGCAACGCUCUGCUAUGCACAGGGAAUGAGUCAGUAAACCUUGACCCCCUGCGCAGUCCUAAACCGUAAAAUAUAGACAUACGCAGUAAAUUUUUGCAAAGAAAGAAAAAGUAAUCGAAGCACCCACAAUGAUGAUAUAAUUAGUUUUUAUGUAUCCCUUAAAAAGUAUCCCUUAAUAAGGGUUUUAAAGUACUAUCAUUGUAAGUGCCUUGUUUUCGAGCAUGCGUACAAUGUCUCAGAGUAUCUCACGGACAUGUUUCUGCGAUUUAAUAUGAUUUCAUUCUACGGACUGUUAUAGAAGAACUGUUUUUAUUAUUUAUAUGUAUACAGCAUAGUUUAUUCGCAAUGUCUGUUUUUUAAAUUUAAACCUUGAUCAAUCAAUGUUACAGAGCCGCUGGAAACGGUGCGACCUCUACGGAAAGAGUUAGACCAUUGAAUUUGUAGUCACCGAUUGCACAUUUGUGCGAAAUUUUAGCAAAGCAUUUUGUAGAAUCAAAUUUUGCAUUUAACGAAUAACAAUGGGUGGUAUGAACAGUAAAGAAACUCCAGUAAGUGCAGGAUCAGCUGGAGCCCAAAAAUCUGACAAACCUCUGAAACCUUGUUGUGCAUGUCCAGAAACGAAAAUUGCGAGGGAUGAAUGUAUUAUCACCAAAGGCGAAGAAAACUGUGGGCAUUUGAUAGAAGCGCAUAAAGCUUGUAUGAGAUAUUUGGGAUUUAACAUUUAAGUGUAAAUUACUAUUAAUUUAGAAAACUUAAUGAAUGCUCAGGCUGUAAUGAUUUACAGAGAUAUUUUAUGUUGUACAUGUAGUUAUAUUUAUUAAGAUGGAGCCAAUCAUCUAAUGAAAUACCUCUGAACUUUAUAAAUAAAGCUGUUUCAUUUGUA